AUGCUCUCCCAUUUCUUAGGUUUUCGCGAUGUUUUUUGGCGAACUCCAUCGGAAGAUAGGAUUUUAGCGAUCCGCUGGGAUUUAUUCGACAUCGCUCCACUGCAGAGUAAUCGAAAAUCAUUUCUUCCGAAUUCUUAUCAGAAGGUUAUAUCUGUGUUGUGGACUAAUCUAUGCGAGGUAAAAUGUGUGGAACGAGCACCGGGGGAGCUGACGCCGAUGUUGGAGAUCACCUGGUUGCCGGCGCUCGGAAAGGGAACUGCCCCAUCUGAAGAGGAGAUAACUCUUCGUUUCAUUGCUCAGAAUUACGAGAAUCGAACAUGGAAGGCAGUCACGGUGGAAUUCGAGUCCGUCGACAAAGCUCAGCAAGCCAGGGAACAUAUGGUGGACGUGGUGCGAGCUCUCAACUCACCUGCAUUCCAGGUAAAGACCAGAGAAGAAAAUGUAGGCUUCGAAAGGGGUUCCACGGAAUAA